GAUCUCGACUCACCGCAGCAGCCCUUUCUCUCUCCGUGUCUCGUGGAAGCGGCAGCGGGAGCGAUACCGGUUGAAGUAGUAUCAGCAGCGGUAUUCUCCUCUCCCCCUUCUCUUUCUCUUCUUCUUCCUCCUCCUCCGGUCAAAUAUCAUGCUCUGGAAGACUUACGGCUCCUUCGGUUGAAAUCACCAUUUCUUUCUGAACUCAGGGGUGGCAUCAAUAGUGUGAAAUUCGUGAAAUUCACCGAAGAAAAUGAGCAUUGUACCCAAGGAGACGAUCGAGGUCAUUGCGCAGAGCAUUGGCAUUAACAACUUAUCACCAGAUGUCGCACUUGCUCUUGCUCCCGAUGUGGAGUAUCGUGUGCGUGAGAUCAUGCAGGAGGCUAUCAAGUGUAUGCGCCACUCAAAGAGAACUAUUUUGACAGCAGAUGAUGUAGACAGCGCACUUAGUUUGAGAAACGUGGAGCCAAUUUAUGGCUUUGCCUCUGGAGAUCCGUUGCGGUUUAAAAGAGCGGUUGGGCAUAAGGGUUUGUUCUACAUUGAUGACAAAGAUGUGGAGUUUAAAGAUGUGAUUGAAGCACCUCUACCGAAAGCACCACUGGAUACUGCAGUUUUAACUCACUGGUUAGCUAUUGAAGGAGUUCAACCAGCUAUUCCAGAAAAUGCUCCUGUGGAAGCACUUGUAGCACCUUCAGAGAACAAGAAGUCAGAUCACAGCAAAGAGGAUGGACUUCCUGUUGAUAUUAAACUACCUGUUAAGCACGUUUUAUCUAGAGAACUCCAGCUAUACUUUGACAAAAUCACAGAGCUUACUGUUAGCAAGUCUGAUUCUGUUCUCUUUAAAGAAGCAUUAGUGAGUUUAGCUACAGAUUCAGGACUUCAUCCGUUGGUUCCUUAUUUUACCUACUUUAUUGCAGAUGAGGUUACCCGGAGUUUAAAUGAUUACCCUCUUCUGUUUGCGCUGAUGCGUGUUGUCCGGAGCCUUCUCCAGAACCAACACAUACACAUCGAACCUUAUUUGCAUCAGUUGAUGCCGUCUGUAAUUACUUGCCUUGUUGCCAAGAGGUUGGGGAAUAGGUUUGUUGACAACCACUGGGAGCUUAGAGACUUCACUGCAACCCUGGUGGCUUCAAUAUGCAGAAGAUUUGGGCAUGUAUACCACAAUCUCCAGCCUCGUGUGACAAGAACUCUACUCCAUGCAUUCUUGGACCCGACAAAAGCAAUGACUCAGCAUUAUGGUGCUAUUCAGGGGCUUGCUGCUUUGGGACCUAGUGUGGUACGACUUCUAAUACUUCCAAAUCUCGAGCCAUAUCUGCAACUUCUAGAGCCAGAGAUGCUACUGGAAAAGCAAAAGAAUGAGGUGAAAAGGCAUGAAGCUUGGCGCGUAUAUGGUGCCCUACUGCGAGCUGCAGGUCAGUGCUUGUAUGAUCGGCUCAAAUUGUUCCCAGGUUUGCUGUCAGCCCCAACACGUGUAGUGUGGCGUACCAAUGGAAGAAUUGCCACUAUGCCAAAUAAUAAACGCAAGGCGAGCAAUGACCAACUGUCGCAACAGCCCCCUCUCAAGAAAGUUGCGGCUGAUGGCCCACUGGGUUCCAUUUCCUUACCAGCCGGCAUGCAAGGGACCACAAACUCGUUUCCUGCUGUGUCCGGUGACUCUGACAUGGGCCCAUCAUCGUCAUCCAGGCAGGUACCAAAUGACAUUGCUUUGGGAGGCGGCAACCGAAGAGAAAAGGGUGGUGGGGGGCAGGCACCAAAGACAAUGUCAGCAGCUCUGACUCAAGCUUGGAAGGAAGAUUUGGACGCUGGGCAUUUGUUGGCGUCGCUGUUUGAGCUAUUUGGUGAAGGUAUAUUCUCCUUCAAACAAUCGCCGGAGAUGUCUUUCUUCCUUUAAAUUGAGAUUCGUUCCGGUCAGGGGAAGGCUAGAGAGAAGAAUGCGAAAGCUUGUAUUCAUCAUCAGAAAAAGUUUUAAUCAUGUGAAUUAUGUAGAAAGAUGCAGUUCAAAGCA